AAAUCAAUUUGAAAUUCAGUUCGUGAAUAGUUACAAUAUUUAUUUACAUUUAUCGGUUGUUAACUACUUUCGUGUAAUUAAUACAUGAGUUCAUCAGCAGAUGGCGUUAUUUUUAAGCACAAAGGCUAAGAAAAUUUUAUUUGAAUAUGAGCAAUUUUUGUUGAUAUGCACGAACCAUUAUUUUGUAAGAAAGUGUCAAGUUUUAUCAUCAUUAACUGAUAAAAAACCUUUGGUAAAAAAGCCAAUAUGGAGUUAUGACAACAAAGGAAUACGCCAUAAGAAAAUUAAACAGUUAUUGCGUUUUACCGAAGAAAAAGAUGUAUGUGAAAAAGAUGAGAGUGUUUCUCAAAUGCAGAGAGUUGCAAAGCUAUUUACAGAAUUAGGAUUUACAAUUGAAGAAUUUGAGAAAUUGUUAGUUAAAAAACCACGAAUUUUGGAGCUAUCUAAAGCAAAGUUAACGUCUAGAAUAAAUAGUUUAAAAAAAGCUUCUUUACCUGAAGAUACUAUAAAGAAAAUGAUUCUUAAAUGCCCCUCAGUCAUCCUUUUGGACUUGGAAACAACUUUGUCUAGUAAGCUUAACCUGCUUAAAAAAAUUGCAAUAACACCUCAUUUAACACAAGAUCGUUGCAUCUACCUUGUACAAAAGUGUCCAUCGCUUUUAUUAGCAUGCAGUGAACAAGAUCUUAAAAAUAAAAUUAGCAGCUUACGGAAAGUUGGGUUUAAUAAUCAACAGUUAAAUGAACUCAUCAUGAAGCACCCAGCCUUAUUAACAUAUAGCGUAGAAGCGGUAGAGGAAAAGAUCAAACUGGUUCAUGAGAUAAUGGGCGGAAGUCUUGUUUUAUUUAUUAAGUUUCCUCGCAUCUUUUCUUCGUCAACACGACGGAUAAGGGAACGCUACGAAUAUUUAAAAGAAGAAGGUUUUCUUAAAGAUAAUACUUAUCUGUCUGAAAAUAAAAUUCGUGCUAUUGUUCUCACAACUGAUAGUGACUUCGUCAGUCUGCUUAUAUCAAAAGGUUCACAUGAAGGCGAUGAAGAGUUUAAAAAGAAAUUAUUAACUCGAAAGUUAAAUCAAUUUAAAUGGUUCCAAAAAAGUUUUUUGGAAAAUUUCGGCAAUGAUAUGACCAAAAAAGUAAUAGAAAAAACAGACGACGAAGAAGGCAAUGAAUCUUUUAAUACAGAAGAGGUGGAUAUCAAAAUUUAAAUUUAUAUAUAUAUA